GUGUGUGCAUAGACUGUCCUUCCCUUUGCUCGGAGCUGAGUCUCUCUCGCGUGCAAAACCCUGAACAUGAAGCUGUUGUCGACAGUUCUGGCCCUGUUUGUGGUCCUGGCAGGCUUGGUGACCCUGAGCAGUGCCACGCCUGAGCCUGACCCUUUGGCUAACCCUAACCCCGUGGCUGACCCCGAUCCCUUCAAAUUCAAAGGCGGCGGGGGAUUCCGAAGGGGACAUGGAGGUUUCAGGGGGGGGCACGGAGGCCACGGAGGUUUCAGGCGGGGCUUCGGAGGUUUUGGAGGUUUCGGCAAGAAGAAGAAGUUCGGCUAAAGCCUCUGUUGACAGAUAAUCUUGCUUUCCAUUCAGACGACAAUAAAGUCUUCAAUUUAUAUCGACUGUAUCUUUGGUCCCGAAAAAAUGAAUCAUACAAAUU